CAAACUCUAAGUACUUUCGUACGGCGCCCGCAUCAGACGCCCGCGGGUGAAUCCCAACCGGGCUCGACCCUUUGCCACUGGAGGCUUUGUCCGUACAUUGUACCACUUUGCUGCCAACGUUCGACCACCAGAAGACAUCCAAUUCAACGCGCGCAGGAACCUCAGUCGUUGAAGAAAAUGCUGAAUGCUUACGGUUCCGAACUCCCAGUCGAGUUGUAUAUCCAUAUCUGCGGCUUUCUCAAUCCGUCGAGUUCCCCGGACAACAUCAAGACGCUCGUGAACCUCUCUGCCGUGAACUCGUACGUACGUGCCAUCGUCGCACGACUCUCAAUCUGGAAGGUGCUAUACGAGGAUCGAUACACCCAUGACGUGCCCGAGAAGGAAGCCAGUCGGCGCCAGCGGUUUGGGGACGACUGGCGUGGUUUGUACUUCGAGCGCCGCGCGCUGGAUCACCGAGCCUUAGACCUUGUGGACAAGGUACGGACAGAGAUCCCUGGACGCGCGGAACAUGCGUUGGUACUUGCGAAGGAUCUGUCUUUCGACGUCUGGGACGCCUUAUACGAAGAGAUCAUGCUGCCCGUUCCACCAUACUUUCGCUCCGAUAGCGACCCCUGUCCCGAUGAACCGGCCGCACCGCACGCAUUACCCAGGAGUUACUGGGCGAAGGCCGUCCAAGGCGUCAUUGCUAGACAUUGGGCGGUCACGAUAUGGCAUGGUGCCGCUCAGAAUCACCUGGGGAUCGAGAUGGAGGAUAUGCUUGCUGCCUGGUCGGCAUUCUUCGGAUGGUCGCCUCACCAGAUCAGAGACGAGUUUGACGAGAGUGCGGAAGAGUGUCGUACUCUGCAUGGGCGGGAGACCGUUUGGGACCAGGACGACCCGAACUUCGACUUGAGGCGAGCCUGUGACACGAUCAUCGACUACAUGAGGUCCCAAGAUUGGAUAGGCAAUGCUUUUGACCCAGAUGUCGACGAAUAUAUCGUGAACUCUUACCCGCACACACUGCUCAUGGAGGCGAGGGACUUCCCGCUUACCACUUUCUCCAAGACAUGGAUCUUCCUUUGCCUCUGUAACCAUCUUGGUCUACUAGCGUAUGCCACCCUCGUCCCGCAGUCGGACACGGCGGUCUGCGUUGUCCAUACCGGGAAGGCGGACCACGAUCCGCUCCUCAUCAACCUCGCCUCGGACACUUCUUUCUAUCCCGCCAGUGAUCUCCCCGUAUUGAAGAAGUUCCUCGACGAGAAUGGAUAUCUGCCGCCUUUAUCCGUGAGGUGGUUUUUCUUGCAGUCUAUCAAAGAAGCAGCUCGGAACUUCACGCUAUACAACGAGCAUCGCGUCGCCGAGUGGUCUGAGAGCCCUUUGGAUCGAGCCCUCCUCGCAUCUCACGCAGCCCAAUGCGCGCUGGCGACCACUAUGAUCCCUUCUAAAGACACUUUUAUCGUUUUCCCAGAGGGCAUGGCAGACUUUCUCCCUCUCGACGCUCAUGUCAUCUUACUUGACGCCCUUUUUUACAAAACCUCCGACGUCGUCGCCGUCAACAAUACGCACGUAGAGGCUGUCAAACAGAUGGCGAAGCAACUGGAGGAUCUGGAGAAGCUGGUGACGCGCCCUUCUCAAUUUCCUGGGCACGAUUUGGGCGCGAUUGGGAAGGUCGUCACCGCCCAACCAGCCCAGGGGGACAAGGGUGUUAUUAUCGGCUGGACGUCUUCACGAGAUGACAGUGAGAUAGUGCUUCACAAAGUUGCGUUCCCUCACGGCGUGGAAUAUUGGAGAAAGGCGGAACUCGAAUACGCAGGAUUGCCCAAGGAGAAAGCGCAGCGGUUGCACAACAUGUUACCCCAAUUUGGGCGAUACGUCGAGGAUGUCUCAUUCAGCGAGGUUGACUCGGAAGGAAAUCCUACCAGCUUUGUCUUGACGGCGGAGAUGAAAACAUUGUACCCGGAUGACAAUAUGCUCUAGAUCGCAUGUAUUCACCUAACAAAUCUG